CAGGCUGAUUAUAGGGCGGCAUAGACUGAUUUCAGCAGAAGAGCACCGAAGGGACCUCAUCGACCUCAUCGGGAGUCGAAUUGGGUGUAAAGACUUAGGGCGAGAGGGGAUCGAAUCUCGUAAUAAUGUCUCGUAUGUCCUCAUGUAAUAGAUACUUAACAGCGACACCAUUUCUAAUAUUUGCUACUAAUGAAUCGAGGAUGCGAGGAGUAAAUCGGCUAAGAAUAUUUCUUGUUAGGCAGGUACAUACCUACCUAGGUACCUAUCAACUCAUUCCCUCCUGCCUCUUGUUCGUUCCUUCCUACCUCUUGUUCGUUCCGCUCCUGCUUGUUUUUGUUUUUGCCUCCCGGCUCUUGCCUUUACUGUUAAUCGACAAGACUUGCCUAAUUUACCGCGUCUACUCGUCUACUCACGUUUGAACACUUAAAUAUUCUUCUACAUACAUUAGGCACUCAAGAUACUUACCUUGGGUAGGUACUUUUGAACGUCAACCCAUUUCUUUUCACCUCCUGGCUCGCGAGCAACGUCCAAGCAACGUCCAAGCAACAAUCUCAACGCACCUGUUUAUUGU